AUGGAGACCAACAAAUAUUUUGACACACAAGUCCUCUACGAGCCCCUCGAGGGAGUCGAAAGGCUUGAGAACUAUCGGCCGGGGGGCUACCACCCUAUACAAAUUGGAGACCACUUUCACGAUCGAUAUCGAGUUGUUCAUAAGCUGGGACAUGGGUCUUACUCGACUGCAUGGCUGGCUCGUGAUGAACGAUUUAAUAAAUACGUUGCAGUGAAAGUUUGCACUGCAGACGCCAAUCCAAAGGAGGUGGACACUAUAUCCACUCUCACUCGUCCUGAUUACCCUUCAGUUAACCACCUAGGAAGGAUGAUGGUUCCCUCAAUUUUAGAUAGGUUCACCAUUCACGGCCCAAAUGGUAACCAUGCUUGUCACGUUACAGCCCCCGGGAGCGUUAGCCUCUCAGGGGCGAAAGAUGGCUCAUGGAUCCGCUUAUUCCAGCUUGACGUAGCUAGGUCAUUGGCUGCGCAACUGGUUCUUGUUGUGGAUUAUGUGCAUGCCCAAGGAAUUGUCCAUGGAGACCUUCACCUCGGCAACACUCUUCUCAAAGUACCGUCCAAUAUCCAUCAGCUCUCAGUCAAGCAAUUAUAUGAGAAAUACGGAGAACCGGAACUAGAUCCAAUUGUUUGUCUAGAUGGCAAGCCGCUUCCGGCGGGUGUCCCAUCUCACGGCAUUAUGCCUAUAUGGUUGGGGAAAGCGAGUGAGGAACUCACACUUUCGGAAACCAGGAUCUUGCUUACAGAUUUUGGCGAAGCAUUUUCCCCCUCAAAAGAACAGAAAUAUGAAUCUCGUGCCCCCCUUGUCAUCCGUCCACCAGAGGCGCGGUUUGAACCAAACGAUCCUCUGUCUUUUUCAUCGGACAUUUGGACUCUCGCCUGUACCAUAUGGUCCAUUAUAGCCCAACGGCCAUUAUUUGAAGCAUUUUUCGUAACAGAGGAUUACAUAACCCGUGAACAUGUCGAUACUCUUGGUGUUUUACCACCUGAAUGGUGGGGCAGGUGGGAGGCCCGACGACUGAUAUUUACUGAGGAUGGUAAGCCAAUAAACCGCAACCCUUACCGAUCCUGGGAUGAUCGGUUUGAGGAUAGCGUACAAAAGCCUAGGCGAGAGAGUGACAUAUCGUCGUUUGAUGCAAGGGAGCGGGAUGCUUUCUUUGAUAUGCUACGGCUGAUGUUUUCAUUCAGACCUGAGAAUCGCCCUACUAGUAAGCAAAUUCUCGAGUCAGAAUGGAUGCAAAAAUGGGCUCUGCCUGAAUAUGGCAAGACCCAAGAUAAUGCAUGA